UUUUCGUGUUGGUGUAUGCUCCCUAUCAACUCGAUUCCCGAUGAUGGUAUCUCAGUCAAGCCCUCCGGUCUUGGGUGGUUUGCCGGGGCUUGUACUCUCACUAUGACUGCGAUUGGCGUAGGAAUUCUGACGCUUCCAGGCACAGCCACUAGCUCUGGCUGGCUUGGCAGCGUAAUAGGCCUCACACUCGCGACAACAAUCGUAUUCCACAACAACCUCCUCCUUUGGCGAACUCUACGCCUCGCCGUACGUGAUGGUAACGAAACGGCCAAAUGCUAUGAGGAGGCUGGCGGAAUCACCUUUGGCACCGGUGCCGCGAUCUACUUCGGGUUCGUGCUGCAUGUAACCCUCGUUGCCGUGUGCUCCGUGAUGUUUCUCCUAUUGGCCUCGACAUGUGAAGCAAUGGCUCGCGUCUUCGAUAGACGUGUCUGGAUAGCUCUCUGGGUCCUGGUGGGCAUACCCCUUUCGUGGAUAAGAGAGGUUAAGGACGUUGGUAUCAUCGCGGCUGCUGGUGUCCUGUCGGCCACAGCCAUGGUAGUUGUCAUAAUCGCUGCAUCAGCCAACAAGCUCGUCGUAGAUGGUACCGCGCAUGACCUCGAAGUCGGGCCUCGUGGUGUUGUCGAUUAUCUAUCGGUUUUUGCCACAUACUUCUUCGCCUACGGUAUCAGUGCAACGACUCCAACCGUCUGCUACAACAUGAGCAAACCCAAUGACUUCCCGAAAUCUUUAGUCGCUGCGUUGGGUUUCUCCACUCUAGUUUACCUGGUCGUGAUGGAGCUCGGCUAUGCAGCCUACGGCCAGGCCCUAUCAAAGGCGGAUACCAUCGUAGGCGCAAUAUCUCCGUCAGGGCAGCCUUUGAACGUCUUCGGGUGGCUCAUCAAUCUUGUCGUGCUUUUGGUGGUAUUGUCGCAUUUCCUCGUUCUUUUCACACCGACGGCAAAGCAGGUAGACGCUGUCUGUUCUACCGUUGGUGAAAGGAGGCGAUGGUCCACCUUCAACUAUAGGAUUGGCUGUUCAGUUGGUCGGACAUGUCUCGUCAUCUUUGAAGGAUUUAUUGCAAUAGUUGUUCCCAAGGUCGAUAUUUUAGUCGGUCUGAUCGGUGCUUUCUGUGUGACUCAGUUGUCUGUAUUCUUCCCCAUCGCGUGCUACAUCAAAAUCCAGAUGAACCUUGGUUCGUCCAUUCCCAAAUGGAAGUCAUUUUUCUUCGUAUUGCUCAUGGUGGUCGGACUUGUUGUGAUGGGGAUGGGUGUUUACGGCGCCAUUCUGAACUUCUAAGAUUCUGGUCGCACCUUGUAUUCAGGCGAACUUGAACUUUCUGAUGUCAAUUUGUCAAGUCCAAUUUUCCCGAGGCAGCAUCCUGUGUCGGACUAUUCGUAGUCAAGUCCUGGAUGAGCUUCUCCUAGAUUCGCCCUCAGCCGACACGAGAUUCUCUAAUCUGGCGUUUUCUGGCGGAGAAUCGGAGGGCUGAGUGCGCCUCACCACUUGGAGCCGCGUAAAACAUUGAUCCAAAGUGGUUUUUUACUCUAUUCACGUCAAAAUAUUGUCACGUUUUUUCUUUCUUGCAUUGGCUUAUGAGUCUGAACAAUCGGUUCUGUCACGAUAGGUGAUUUGAUUU